CAGUGGUUUUGUUUAUGCCGCGGUCAGCUCGUGGCGGAAACACUGACAUUUUCGAUUUGCUGACGGGUAGAUGAUACCACAGUUUCCCACUUGGGAAGUACAGUACGUAUCAGAAUCAACCAAUAGCAAACUCUACGCAAAUAGCUUAAGUUCAUUUUAACUCGGAGGUCCCCAGUUUCAGACAUGACAUGAACGCGGCAUCACUCCUCAUUGGUUUACUGAAAUAAUUUGCGGAAGCCUCCUUGCUUUCUCUUUACAAGUUCACUGGCACUACAAAGUCUGGUCGACACAUUUCAAUUGAUUAAACAUGUUUCUUGCCAAAAGACUCAUCGGUGGCAUUCUUGAUGUCGUAAGCAACAUUGAUCCAGCCGCGUUUGUGCCCUCUGACCCACCCGCACCACGAAGGCCACUUGCGUACGCAGAGCAGAAUGAGAGUGAUGAGGAAAGACAGUUUCGCAAAGUCUUCCAGCAGUUGGCUGGAGAUGACAUGGAGGUGAGCCCAACCGAAUUGAUGAACAUCCUGAACAGAAUUAUUUCCAAACAUGGUGACCUGAAGACAGACGGGUUUAGCAUUGAGUCCUGCAGGAGCAUGGUUGCAGUCAUGGAUAGUGACAGCACUGGGAAGCUCGGAUUCCAUGAGUUCAAACACCUCUGGAACAAUAUCAAGAAAUGGCAGGGUGUGUAUAAGACUUAUGACACUGAUGGCUCUGGGGUUAUUGGUGCAGAUGAGCUGCCCAACGCUUUCAGGGCGGCAGGCUUCCCCCUCAAUGAUCAGCUGUUCCAGAUGAUAAUUCGCAGAUACAGUGACGAGAACGGGAACAUGGACUUUGACAACUACAUUGGCUGCCUUGUGAGACUGGACGCUAUGUGCCGUGCCUUCAAAACCUUAGACAAGGAUAACAAUGGAACUAUUAAGGUCAACGUUCAAGAGUGGCUCCAGUUGACGAUGUACUCCUGAGGACAUUAAAUGCCUACUGGUGUUUACAAAACCAAUCUGUCUCUACUUCACGCUGCGCUUUAGACCACUCCAAGGACCCCCUAUGUCAGUCAACCAGUCCCCCGGUGUAUGCAUGUUUCCCUACAUGCUUUGCAACCUACACAAUGUGAAUACAGCAUACAACAAAAUGGGAGUUCUAGACGAAGUUGUAGACUAUUGUGGUAGCAAAAACCUUUUAAAUUCAAAAGAACCUCUACACCGGCUAUGGCCGUCUUCACCUUUCAAAGAACUCUCCCAAAUGGUAGUCAUUUCACAAUUAUUUAAGCCAGUUAAGAAAUAGUCUGUCACAUAUGAUGUAGCUACACAACGCCAGGACAAUGUUAGUUUUUGUCAUGUCUCACAACCAUUGUUUUUUGUGCCAUUGCUUCAUGAAGCCAACAGAUGCCAUUUAAGGAUUGGGUAAAUGUUGCCAUAAGUCACUGAAUUGUUAUUGAUUUUGUAAUGCUCAGUGUCAUAUUUUGUAUGGCAUGAAAUAAAUCUUAAUGUAUU